GCUGUCAGUGCUGUGUGAGUGCGUGUGUGCUCCGGAGCUUGCCUCGGCACACAUUAUAUAAAAAAUAAAAAAAUACAAAAAAAUUUAAAAAACUUUUAAAAACCCCAAAAAAUCUUUUUUUUUUUUCUUUUUUUAAAUAAAAAUAAAAAUCGGUGAAGUGGAAGCUGGAGGCCUUGAAACAUCGCACCAACCCUGAAAAAAUAAGGACAGUCUGUGAGCUCGGCCUAGCGGUUUGCUUGAUUCGUUGCAUUGGAUUUUUUUUUUUUUUUCGCGUUUUUACAUUUUUGUUACCCUUAUUAUUUGUCAUUUUAAACGAAGCACCAAACGCUUAAAUCGUUCCAGAAAUAAUCUUUUAGUCGACGAUUUUAAAUUGUAAAAUUUGUCGUGUUUAGAAUAGCUUGACAGCUAACUGUAUUCUGACGUAGUUGAUCUCGCGCGCUGGUGCCGCGAAACACGUAAAUUUCUGCCAAGUUCACAACUGCGACCGAAUAGAAAAUGAACCCCAGCGCUCCUAGUUACCCCAUGGCAUCGCUGUAUGUUGGGGACCUGCACCAGGACGUGACUGAAGCCAUGCUCUACGAGAAGUUUAGCCCGGCCGGUGCCAUCCUCUCCAUCCGCGUGUGCAGGGACAUGAUCACCCGCAGGUCGCUCGGCUAUGCCUAUGUCAACUUUCAGCAGCCUGCAGACGGUUGGCUUGGCUGUCACACGAUGAACGAAUGACUCAAAAACCCAAAGCUGAACGGGCUUUAGACACAAUGAACUUUGACGUCAUCAAGGGUAGACCUGUCCGCAUCAUGUGGUCUCAGCGGGACCCCUCUCUGAGGAAAAGCGGCGUUGGAAACAUCUUUAUUAAAAACUUGGAUAAGUCUAUUGAUAACAAAGCCCUUUAUGACACCUUCUCUGCGUUUGGCAACAUCCUGUCGUGCAAGGUGGUUUGUGAUGAGAAUGGCUCAAAGGGCUACGGCUUUGUACACUUUGAGACCCAGGAGGCUGCCGAAAGAGCCAUUGAGAAAAUGAACGGCAUGUUGCUGAAUGACAGAAAAGUGUUUGUAGGGCGCUUCAAAUCUCGCAAGGAGAGGGAGGCUGAGCUCGGUGCAAGAGCCAAAGAAUUUACCAAUGUGUACAUUAAAAAUUUUGGGGAAGAUAUGGAUGAUGACAAGCUCAAGGACGUCUUCAGCAAAUAUGGUAAUUCUAUGAGCAUCCGUGUCAUGACUGAUGAAAAUGGGAAGUCCAGAGGCUUUGGAUUUGUGAGUUUUGAGAGACACGAGGAUGCGCAGAGGGCUGUGGAUGAGAUGAAUGGCAAAGAACUGAAUGGGAAGCUUAUCUAUGUGGGUCGUGCUCAGAAAAAAGUGGAGCGCCAAACUGAGCUCAAGCGCAAAUUUGAGCAGAUGAAGCAAGACCGGAUGACUCGGUACCAGGGUGUCAAUCUCUAUGUUAAGAACUUGGAUGAUGGUAUUGAUGAUGAGCGUCUUCGUAAAGAGUUUGCUCCCUUUGGAACAAUCACCAGUGCCAAGGUCAUGAUGGAUGGUGGGCGCAGUAAAGGCUUUGGUUUUGUCUGUUUCUCUUCCCCUGAGGAAGCCACUAAAGCAGUGACUGAGAUGAAUGGCCGUAUUGUGGCCACUAAGCCCCUGUAUGUGGCUCUUGCUCAGCGCAAAGAGGAACGGCAGGCCCAUCUCACCAACCAGUACAUGCAGAGGAUGGCCAGCGUCCGUGCAGUGCCAAACCCAGUUAUCAACCCCUACCAACCCGCACCUCCGUCAGGAUACUUCAUGGCUGCCAUCCCGCAGGCCCAGAACAGAGCUGCAUAUUACCCUACCAGUCAGCUCGCGCAGCUCAGACCUAGUCCCCGCUGGGCCACUCAGGGUGUACGUCCUCAGCACUUCCAAAACAUGCCAGGCACAAUGCGCCCAUCUGCCCCCAGACCUCAGACUUUCAGCACCAUGCGUCCUGCAUCACAAGUGCCCCGCAUGAUGUCCACUCAGCGUGUUGCCGCUCAGACUAUGGGUCCACGGCCCUCCAUUGCGGCGGCUGCAGCCUCUGCCCCUCCAGUUCGCGGCGUGCCUCAGUACAAAUACGCACCCAGCGUCCGCAACCCUCAGCACAUGAACACACAGCCUCAGGUCACUAUGCAGCAGCCUGCUGUGCAUGUGCAAGGACAGGAACCCCUGACGGCCUCCAUGCUCGCCGCUGCUCCUCCACAGGAACAGAAGCAGAUGCUGGGUGAGCGUCUCUUCCCACUUAUCCAGAAUAUGCACCCCAGCCUGGCUGGCAAGAUCACCGGUAUGCUGCUGGAAAUCGACAACUCUGAGCUUCUCCACAUGCUGGAGUCUCCGGAGUCUCUGCGCUCCAAGGUUGACGAGGCAGUGGCCGUACUUCAGGCUCACCAGGCUAAAGAAGCCGCUCAAAAAACCGUGACCAACUCUACUGGCGUGCCAAGCGUUUAAGCCAAGGGGUGUGCCACCUUGAAUCUUCACAAACAUCGGAAAAGAACCUAAAACACAGAAAAUAUCGCAAAACAUCUAAAACCAUAUUUAAAAAAGAAACUAGAAAGAGCCAGGUCUAGAGAGAAGCAUUCUGGGCCUAGUUAAGGUAUUUAAAAAAUGAAUAAAAAAGGAAAAACAGAUCAAAAAUUAUGUUGGGGGUUUAAAAAAAAAAAAAUCCACAGUUUAGGGAGUAAACAGCCGUAAAGCAUUCCUGCCUUGUUUUAUUUCUUUAAAAGCCUGGCUAUGUCAUGUUCUUAGUAGGGAGGUGAGAACGGGCAGAACCAGCCAUGUGAUGUUAUGUUAAAUUGACAAUAUGCUUGCUCAAAUAAAGUUCGUUAAAAUGUG